AUGGCACCACCUCCCUCCAACACAGACGGUGCAGCCGACAUCCGCGGCGACCACCACCUGCAAACGAACAAGUUUCCUUACCUCAAACCUCACCAACUCCCCACUGCAUAUCUACGCCCUCUCCGAAAACACAAGAACAUGGAGCCACGCGCGCGCGCCGGCCGCUACCACGGCACGCUCAACUUUGCCAAAGACAUCAAUGAGGCUCUCUACGCCUUCGGCGCCCCCACACAUCCAGACGUGCAGAGCCCCAUUGCAGACUCACAAGCAUACCUCGACGCAUCGACACGAACCAAGUGGCAGGGUGGCCCGCGACCCAGUACUUUCGUAGGACAACCAACAGCAAACAACACCACGGUGAAGAUCCCGUCGGCGCCGCUGCCGGAGACGAUGCGCGUGCUGGAUGAGAUCUUGACGGAUUUCAUUAUCGAAGUGUCUCAUGAAGCGGUUGAUCAUGCGACGUAUGAGGGGAGGCAUAAGGUCAAUCCGGGGGAUAUCAAGUUUGUGUUUCGCAAGGAUAAGAACAUGUUGGGGAGGAUCAAUGAGCGGGAGAGGAGGAAUAAGCAGAUCAAGGAGGCGAAGAAGACGGUGCCUGGGGGCGCGGGGGCGGAUGAUGGGGGUAUGGGGCUGUUGGGUGGUGGGCUGGAGGGGUUGGGUGUGCCUGGAUUGGGUGGCGGUGGAGGGAGGGGAGGUGCUGGUGCAAUGGCGGGGCUGAAGAUGUCGGUCGAGGAUAUGGAAGCAGUUGGGUGGGCUUGUUGGAGAGGAGGGAACUGGUAA